CAACUUUGAAAAAGAAAGCCAACAUGACAACUUUCACUUUACAUAUUUUGCUUGAAAUCUGUUUAAUUCACUGAUGUAUUCAAACAAAAUUAGAAUGAUUUGUGAAUGCAUUUUGUAAAAGGUCUUAGUGGUAACCAUGGGAACGAAGAUUCUAGAGGGUUCUUCUCAUGUGCUGGACGACAUUGAGGACACAAUCAAGGAAGAUGCCAAACUUGUCAAGAAGUCAAUAUGUUCGUUGGCGUUCUUUGCAUCAUCAAUCAAGUUGCUUGGGCUUGUUCUUUUCUACUACACAUUCUCAAUCGGCUUGACAUUCUACAACAAGAAAGUCUUUAAGGUGUUCAAGUUUCCUCUCUCAGUGACGGUAACACACCUUGUGGUCAAGUUUAUGUUUGCAACUGUGGUGCGAUGUCUUCUUGAAUGUAAAACCAAAGAGUCUCGAAUUACUCUAGGCUGGGGCAUGUAUUUCAAACGUGUUGCACCUACAGGAGUUGUAAGUGCGCUCGACAUUGGUCUUUCAAACUGGAGUUUAGAAUUUAUUACUAUUUCAUUAUACACAAUGUCAAAAUCGACUGCCAUACUAUUUAUUUUGUUGUUUUCCUUGCUGUUCAAGUUGGAACAAUUAAGAUGCAGCUUGUUGUUUAUAGUUGUGUUUAUAUCGGGAGGACUGUUUAUGUUCACGUAUCACGCCACAGCGUUCGACACAGAGGGAUUCAUACUAGUCAUGGUAGCAUCAUUUCUAUCAGGUCUUCGAUGGACUCUUGCUCAAAUUGUCACACAGAAAAAUGAAAUAGGUCUGCAUAAUCCUCUGGAUAUGAUGUAUCAUGUUCAACCAUGGAUGAUUCUGGGCCUUCUUCCAUUGUCUGCAGUAAUGGAAGGUUUAGACUUGUCAACUUCAGUAAAGGUCUUCCAUUAUGAAGAUGUCAGUUUACUCUUUUCAACAAUUGGUUUAGUGUUGCUAGGAGCUUUCAUUGCAUUCUUUCUGGAGUUCAGUGAAUACUUGUUGCUGUCAAAGACAUCCAGUUUAACAUUAUCUGUAUCAGGGGUUUUGAAGGAGGUUUGCACUUUAUAUAUUGCUCACUUGAGUGGUGACACUAUGAACACUAUGAAUGCUGUUGGUCUGGUGGUUUGUUUGUGUGGGAUCGUGUUGCACAUCGUUAUCAAAGCUGUUUGUAGAAAUGAAACAACAACAAAGAAAUUAAAGAAAUCUCUUGACAUGGAAAUGUUAAUAAAAGACGGAAGAGCGAACACAGAUGAUGAUGAUGAAGAGAACUGUGAUGAAAUUGAUAUUUUUGAUGCCAAGCGAGAUAGGUAGCACAAACAGUGUUGAAACAGACAUCUUGAUAUUGACGUCUAGAAACUGAAUUGAUGUUCACUGUGAUCAAUGCAUAUUUUAACCUCAAAGAAACUGUGUAUUCAGGCUGCAGAUUUAGCAGUAUUCCGUGCUUCCACUAAUCCUAGAUUUUGGGUCAGAAGUGUAAGAUUAUGAGACAGUAUCCAAAUUAUCUAUAUUAAAUCAUGUUUACAAUUCUGGCCAAAUCCUUUUUAAAAGUCCAAGAAUUCAGUGCCUGAAGAUUGUUUUAUAGAUGUUCAAAUGAAUAGAGUCUGGUACCAAUAAAUGUGACCUUUAUAUGGGAAAGUUUAAAAAAGAUUUAUUAAGUCUAAAAUUGCUGUUACAUAAAAUCAAUGUUUAUUCUGUGUUCAUUUUACCAUGAUGUUUUGUUACCUUGUAAUUCACUUCAUAAUACAAAUUAAAAUGUAGUCCCACCAGAUUAAAGUUUACAAAAGGUAGUCCCACUUUAUUAAAGUUCGGAAAUGAACAAACCGACUUUGCAGUGCAUUAGCUAUCAGUUGUUGGGUAACGACUAACCUUGACUAACCCACUAAUGUUUAUCAGACAGUUUUAAGCAUCGCAAAAGCAGGUACUAAAAAGCCCACCACAUAUUUAGUCUUGUCGAAAAGAAAACGAAAAACACAAGAUUAAAUAAUGUGAAAUAGAAAAUAUCCUUUAGGAUUCUUCAUUCAUGGAAUUUAUUUUACAAUUAGAGAUUAAAUUUGUGUUAUAGGGACAGGCCUGAGUGUUCAGAUAUUUCUCACAAAUGGAGCCUUUUUGUCUAUUAAAAUUUCAUAUUACCGGUAUUUAAAUUUUAUUAUUUAGAAUAUCAGUGAUUGUACAAGCAGUAUGUUUCUGUUCAUCCUAAUGUUUGCAGUAUCUCAAACUUCAUUUUAAUACAUAAAAUGAGGUACAAAAUUAUUGGGGUAAAAUCCAGUUAGGGCAGCGGCUACUACAAACAUUUGGACACCCCAAAAACACCUUAUAUAUACAGACACUGAUAUUGUAAAUGAGGAAUAUUGUAAGGAAUCAUUCAGCUACAUUAUAUAACUUGAGCAGGUAAAUAUUAAAACAUUUAUUUUAAUUCAGUUGAUUUAUCCAGUUAGCCACAUUUGAAAAGUUACUAGAGUAAAUAUUGUUGUAUCUUUUACUUUUCCGACAGCAAAGGCAUCACUUUUGAGUUGUGGGCCCUGUUUUACGCAGCGAUCUUAGCGCCAAGAUGAUCUUAAAUGCAUAGCUACAUUACGCACCCAUGGUGAUCUUAGCACUAAGACUGAUUUGUAAAAUGUGGUCCAGGUCCAUUUCUCAUAAUCUACAAGUUCUAAUCAGAAAAAUAUGAUUUAUGGUUGCAUUUAAAAAAAAAAAAAUGUAUUAAAUUAAUUAUUAUUUCAAUUUAAUUUUAAAAAGAUUAGCAAUUGAAUGUUGCAUAAUACAUUAUAUCUUUAUUCACCCAAUCAGUUUAUGGAGACAAAACAUUUAAUUCCAUGAAAAUUCUUGUUUAUUGUAUACCUAUAUAAUAUUAAGCAUGAAUUGAGUUUAUUGUUGCAUUCUUCAUCCAUUUAAACAUAUUUGAUAUUUGGUGGAGGACAGAACUGAAAUGAGAUUAGCAUUAAAUUUAUCUGGUGGAGGUUUAUUUGAGGCUGGAAUCCUCAAAAACAUUAAAAGUGUUCUUUUGUCUGUCAUUUUAUUUUUCUAUAUUUACAUCUCACCAUAAUUUUAGCAGUGGAUUUUUUAUUAUUUCUUUUGCAUUUCAUAGAACACAUAAUUAUUUACAUCCAUAAUUAGUUAUUUGAUUUCCAUUCAGGUAAACAAAAUGAUGGAAUACUUUAUGGCUAUGAAAGAAGACUAUAACCAUAGAAAACAAAUUUUAUAAAUGCAAAGUCAUGUAUUGAUUACAUAUGCUUGAAGACCGUUUUGACUUUCAUUGGGUCCUUUUGUAGUGUUGUUGAAGUUAUAAAUAUACAAUUUGUCAAUAGGGUAUUUUCAUGAUGACUGACAUUUGAUCUAAAGCCAGUUUCUGUAACCAAAUUCUUGUAUUUUCGUCAGGAACAAUACAAAAAAAUGUAACUUCAGUGACAGUCGUUCAAAUAGACACCAAAGAUGAAUUAAAAUAUUCUGGUGAAUAUCACUUCAGCAUUAAGUAGCAUGUGGUCAUCUGAUGUAAUCAUAACUUCAAGAAAUGCUGAUAAACAACAGGGACAAAAAUACAGCUACAUGUAUUUGAAAUUCUUAAAUUGGCUAUAAAAUUCCCAAUGUUUUUUUUCUGUGACAUAUUUUCAUGAAGUUGAAAUACAACUAAUCACAAGGACUUGUAGCGAUCUUUAUGGCACUUCUAUCUUAGGAAAAGAAAAUGGUGUGACAAUCAACCAUCAUUGGUAUUACUUAUGGUAAAUGUUGAGGGUGUAUACUACCAAAUCAAAUCCCAUAGACGACAAUAGUAACAUAUGUGGCUAAAACUCCUACCUGCAGCGUAUCAAUUGACAUAAAUGCAAUGGAUAUAAAUACUACCAUCCUCACCCUUAAAGUGAAUCAGAAAACAUUGGGGGGUCAAGUUGCUCAUUUCUGAGAUAACGGGUAGCAUCUAUGUCUACCCUAUGUUCUGCAUAAAAUUCGAAUACUUUUUUUUAAAGAUGCCCCAUACAUGUUUCAAGCACAAGGCUACUUGAUACAGUGGUACCAGAUGAAAUAAAAUUGCAUACAUUUUUUGCCCAGAUGAAACUUAUUUUUUUUACAACCAACUCACAUUUAUCACCAAUAACAGGACUUGUGGAGUUCACUUCUCUAUCAAAAGUUUGGUGCACCUCGAACUUUGACCCAGCCAGAAGUUAUUUGGUUUAGUGCUAUCUUGAGUAGGUUCUAAUUGGUAUAGUAUUUUUUGGCAUUGCUUGUUUUAUUGCAUGCCAUUUUUAAAAGAAACCAAUGUAUCAAAAUCGAAAUUUCACCAUCAGUACACAAUAUUAAUUUCACCAUCAGUACACAAUAUUAUAAACUGGUUUUGUGCAAAAUAUCAAUGUUCUGGAUUGCAUAAUUUCCCCAUUAUUCAAUUUCAAAAAGUAUGACCCUUGUUUUUCUGUUAAAUCACUGGAUACAUAUUGUAUAGGUAGACUUGCUAAAGUGCUAUAACGAUCACAACAAGGCCUUAUGUUGCUGAUAUAGGAAUGGCUCACAGGGGUCCCAGGUCUGCUUCCCACCAUUAGUGUUUAUUUUGAGUUGGGGAAGGGGUCAGUUUUAAAAAGAAUAUAUAUAUUCACUUUAUUUUUCACGUAUAAUGGUACAUGUAUAAACGUACGAUAGUCAACAGGUUGAUUGUUUUAGGUUACCUGUAUAAAAUUCAUUGUCACUAAACUGACCAAUGCCCCGUUUUAUGAAACGAUCCUAGCACUAAGAUUAUGUAUGGACUUAAGGCAUAAGCAUGUGAGACGUGGGGGAUGGGGAGUGCCUAGUGCUGGAGCAAUCCCUCAAAUUCUAGCAAACAUUAUACAGAUAUUCAGGCAAAAUAUGCUAACCAUGAGACCUCUUUACGACGAUUUUCUAUCAGUCUACCCUCAAAAGUAGUAUAACCCCCCCCCCCCCCCCCCCCCCCCCCCCCCCCCCCCCCCCCCCAGCCCCGGACUUAGUCACUGGCAAAAGUCAGAGAUUAAGCCCGUGACAGGCGUGUGUGAAGCCUUCGUGGCAUAGUGGCAUAUAUGCACGUUAAAAAUUUAGCCAUCCAUCAAAAGUAGUGUAAGAAUACGUAGUGAUUCGUUUGCAACCAUAUAUAACCUUUUGGUAGUAAUGCUAACAUGAAUAAAUGUUGUUAUGCAGAUUCAGGCAUUUUCGUUUAAUUCGGGCAAAGGCCAGCCUGCCCCCUACAAAAAUGGAAGCCUGGACGCCUUUGAAGUCUUAAGGAGAUCGCUUCGUAAACCGGCACCCUUGUCAGUGUGGUUAUUAGUAUGAGUAUACUAUUAAAUAGGAAAAGGAUCGAAUCAGGAUAAAAUUUGAGCGUUAUGCUUACAGUUGUCAUAGCAUUGGUGAAAUCAUAUUUUAGACCGUUAGUGUUGAAUACACACUGACAUUUUGUUGACUUAUUAUAAUAUGGGACCAAUAUGUAUUGUUUCAUUUUAAUCUAUUGUUUAAACCUUUAUUACUAAUGUCAUCCUUACUUUAUAAUUACGCUGUACAAUACUUAAUUGGUGCAUUAAAAUCAGUGUGCCAAUGUAACAUUACUUUGACUUGAUUAUGAUAAUGAUUGUAUAAUGUAUGUCAAAAAUAUGUAAAAUUACUUUAACAUGAUUGUAUAAUGUAUGUCAAAUAAAAGUAAAACAUAAACUUGUUUUUCAGACUUUA